AUGAAUCAGGGUGAUGGAAAAAAGAGUUACGCCCAGAAUUCAAGUCAUCAGAUGGCGGUGAUGCGUAAGACACUACCUAUUGUUAAGGAUAUCAUCAAGGAGAUGUUCAUCAAUCACUUAACACUAUUUGAAAUGUUAGAGAAUUUUAGUAUUGCGGAUCUUGGAUGUGCUUCGGGGCCCAACACACUUCUAUUUGUGUCUGAGGUUAUUGACACCGUUCACAAGUUGUCGAAUCAAUACAAUUACAAAACUCGAGAGAUAAUGGUCUUCUUAAAUGAUUUGCAUAAAAACGACUUCAACAAUCUUUUUAAUGCACUCCCUUCAUUCUAUGACAAGUUAAAGGAGAAACAUGGAUAUGAAUUUAGUCAAAAGUGCUUCAUCUCCGGGGUGCCAUCAUCAUUUUAUGAGAGGUUGUUACCAAGCAAAAGUUUGCACUUUGUAUACUCUUCUUAUAGUCUUCAUUGGCUCUCUCAGGUACCAAGAAAUCUAGACAACAAAGGACAUAUCUAUGUGGCCAAAACAUGUCAUUCUGAUGUGGUAGAUGCAUACAAGAAUCAAUUUUACAAAGACUUCUACUCUUUUCUAGUUCACAGGUCUCAUGAAAUUAUACCUAAGGGUAGAAUGGUCCUUACAUUGAUCGGUAGGAGCAUUCCUGACCCAUCUUCCAAUGAUUGUUGCUGCAUUUUGGAACUUUUAGCCCAAUCACUUCUUGACCUGGUUUCUCAGGGACUUAUUAGAAAAGAAGAUGUUGAUUCAUUCAAUAUGCCUGUAUAUCACCCUUAUAAAGAUGAAGUGAAGACAAUCAUUCAAAAGGAGAAUUCAUUUGAUCUUGAAAAGUUCGAGAUUUUCGAGUGUAAUUGGGAUCCGGAUGAUCAAGACUAUGGCUACACUGAUAAGUUUGACAAAAAAAGAAGUGGAAGAAAUGUAGCAAAUUGCAUAAGAUCAAUUACAGAGCCAAUGAUGAAAAUUCAUUUCGGAGAGCUUGUCUUGGACAACGUGUUCGAGAGAUACGAAAAACGUGUAGCUAAUCAUCUGGAAAAUGAGAAGACAAAGUACAUAAAUCUCACUAUAUGUUUGAAGAAGAAAUGA